AUGGCUAUAAAUAGUGCUACCAGGGCUAUCAAAAAGAUGAGUUAUCUUCGAACCAAUGUGCUUGGAAGGAAACGAGAAACAAUAGAGCAAGAAGUGGUAGAUGAGGAAGAAGUGAUGGAAAUUAGAACUUCAAAUACAGGGCUGAUUACUGAAACCUUGGUGGAAAGGGAAGAGUUAAUAAAUGAAUGUCUGGAGCUUUAUGAAAAGGCUCCAGAGAAAUUCAACCAUUUGCAGAAGGAUUCUCAUAAGAUGUUCCUUGAAUAUUGGUUAAAUAAUCCAUUACCUUCGGGAUUCAAAUCACUCGAUGCCUCUCAGCCAUGGCUGUUGUACUGGAUUGGCAAUGCCUUCAAAACAAUGAAUCCCACUUGGCUUACGAACGAUUAUCAGAAGCGUAUUUUGGACAAGCUAUGGUAUAUAUCACCUACAGGUGGUCCCUUCAGCGGCGGAAAGCAUCAACUACCACAUCUAGCGGCCACAUACGCUGCUAUAAAUUCCAUCGCUCUAUGUCACAAUCUCGAUGAUAACAGAGAAAUCAAUAAAAAGGCUAUAUACGACUGGCUCAUUUCUCUUAAAACACCUAGCGGCGCGUUCAUGACUGCACGCCCAGUCGGCGAACAAGAUGUGAGAGGCGUAUACACUGCAUUAUCUAUAGCGUCACUACUAGGCAUUGUGGACUCUAAACUAACAAGUAAUGUGACGGAAUUCUUGACAAGAUGCCAAUCUUACGAGGGUGGUUUCGGAGGCUGCCCAAAUGAUGAAGCACAUGGUGGCUACACUUUUUGUGCAGUAGCCAGCUUGGCAAUGUUGAAUGCCUUAGAUAAGGUCAAUAUCGAUGCGUUAUUGUCAUGGUGUAGUUCUCGUCAAACUAAAGAGGAGAAAGGUUUAAACGGAAGAAGCAAUAAACUUACAGAUGGUUGCUACAGUUUUUGGGUUGGCGGAACUGCUGCAAUCUUAGAAGCAUACGGGUAUGGAGUAUGCAUAGAUAAAGACGCCCUAAAACAAUAUAUAUUGAAAUGCUGUCAAUCGGAAGAAAGCCCUGGCCUAAGAGAUAAACCGGGAACACAAGCGGACUUUUAUCAUACCAAUUAUGUGUUGGCUGGUUUAUCAAUUUGCGAACAUUCUUUUAUGGUCCGAAACAAUUCACCCUUCGAUUUUGUUGCAACUCCACUUGUGCCAGAACCGGAAGUUGAGCCUAUUCAUCCCAUAUUCGGACUGGCUAUCCUUGACGUUAACAAUUUCAUUAAUAGACGCGGAGAACCAUCCAUGUCUAAUCUGUCAAUGAAAGUGUAA